GGAAGACAUUCACAUGGAUGUCCCGCCUGGAAACGCUGGAGACGUCGUGUUCAAGCCCAGGACCAAUCAGUCCUCUGAUGUGGAUCUGAUGCGACAUGGCCAGGUGGUGAACCCACGGGCCCGUCUCAACUUCCUGGGCCACCUGGUGCUAGAGGACGUACAGGAGGAGGACGAGGGCGUGUACGUCAUCAAGAACAGCAACAACCCCAACACAGUCAAGCAGCUCGUCCUUAUCGUUCGGGACUGCGCCUUGGAGCAAGUGGUGAAGUACGGAGAAACCUUCUACAUCCGCCUUAACCACAUCGAAGGCCCCAUCACCCUGGAGUUCAGGCCCAGUCUGAUUCAGUCCAAUCAAACCGAGAUACAGCAAACUACAGAGCCUCUGCCCGUGGUGCUGUACAACCAGACGGCGGUGUCGGCGGACGAAUACGUGGGACGCCUGAGUGUGACGGAGAAACUGGUGACUCUGCACUUGGUCCGGAUGACGGACGAGGGGAGCUUUACAGUACUGGACCACGAGGGCAAAAUCAGGAAGAGGAACUGUCUUAAUGUCAGAGAGCACCAGAACUUCAUGCGCCUCUCCUACGGAGAAAACCUAAAGAUGAAACUCUACCUGCACCACUCCAACGUUAACAUCGUCUACAAGCCCAAAUCAGACAAUAAGGACAGAGUCAUCCUGGACCAGGGGGUUCUGGUGAUGCCGAUAGAUCCUCUGCUGGAGGGCAGGCUGACAGUGGAGGGGUCGGAGCUCAUCAUGAAGAAGGUCCAAAUGGCGGACAGCGGCAUCUUCAGAGUGACAGACCUCGCCGGGUUUCCUGUGGCUCAGGUCGAUAUAGAAGUAGAGGCCUACAAGCUGCCUCGCCUGACCGUGGCCAUUCUCUGCAUGCUGUGUCUGAUCGCCUUCAUGCUGCUGGUGUGUCUGCUGUCCUGCCUCUACAAAGUGCACAAGAGGAACAAAAAGAACAAAAAGCUCAUGCUCAUUGCGCAGCAGGCUGGCAAGGGCGAUGGCGAUGCUUUCAGACAGGUGGUCCAUGAGGUGUACACCAGGUUCACAGAGGAAUCUCUGACGCAGUCCGUGUGUGAUAAGCCCUCGGAGAGCACAGAGGUCACCAUCAAGGGCCUUGAGGUGUCCAAACCAGGCCGCUACCAUGCUCUCAGCUCAGACAACUUUCUGGAGAUGAGCGACUCUGGAGUGGAGUUCACCGGCUCCGGUCUCCCGCUAGACAGCGACACUGAUGCUGCGAUGACCUACGCCUCCCACAAACCCCUCCUGAGCGCUGUUUCUCCGACAGCCAUGACCAGUGGAGUUCAGUCAGAGAGCCAAGAGGCCACUCUCGUCCCUGAUGGCGACCUCAGUGCCAGCCAGACCCCUGACUCUGCCAUGAGCAAAAGCCCUGCCUCCAAUCCUCGCUCAAUUGCAGCUGCGACCCCUGAUGGCAGCCUGUGUGGUGCUGCAUCGCCGGGAACAGCCUCCAGGGGCACUGCUGGAUCAUCUUCAGCCAAGACAGACGAAGGGGCUGAAAGCGGAGAAGCUGGGCAGAAAGAGGAAUCAGCUUCGAGCACCUGAGAGGAUCGACCACAAUGUUUUUUAAUCUCAUAUCUCCUCAUACACUGAUGACAUCCACUUCUGGCUCUGUGUUUAAGAGAACCUUAUCAUAUAACCACCACCGAGUCCACGAUCACUGCACUGCAAACAUCACAGACAAAAUAUAUUCAUCCUUGGACCUGGAUGUCAGUGCAGCCCAGGAUAAAAAUAAUAAAAAGAAAGUUGCACAAAAUGCACAAUGCAAAAUUAAAUGCACUAUGCACUGAAAUAUUAGAUGCAAAAGGUAAACCCAAGCUCUAUCAAAAGAAGAACAAAGCAAUUUUGUGCACAUGGAACAUGCAUGCAUUUAAAUUAAACAUUAGAGUAGAUUCAUAGUUGAGAUCUGCAGGACAAUGCUGAUGCUAGAGUGACUGCAUGCAAACAUGAACGGCCUGAAGGCUCUAAAAAUAAGUUGCGAUGAUGUGAGGAGGUUAAAACACUCAGCACUUAAAUGGGAGCAAAGGAUCUCGACUCCUGUCGAAAAGGUUGUCCGAAAAAAUUACGGGUUACAGUUUGACAGGUUGAAGAAAUCUGACGCUACUUUCGAAGACCAAGGCGACCAACAUCAACGGAACAAUCCAUCUCCCCCGUUUGAGGCAAAUCUGAAUGUGUUGCCUCUGACAGUAUUUUUUCUGAUGCUGUGAUGGUUGCAUUUUUAAGACAUAAAAAAACCCAGUGGAAACAUCCACCACAUCUCACUCACACUAAUGAUGAAGCGCCAGAGAAAUCUUCCAGAGGAACGACAGCAAACUGUGGAAACGAGCCUCAUCUGUUUUUGUUUCUUCAUCCCGGUGGAGUUGUCACAACCCCCUUCAGAGCAAAGCAGAACUGGGGGAGAACACUUCCAGGACUUUUGGAACAGUUCUUGAGAGCUUAAUUGGAUUCUUGGCCUCUUUGCAGACGGACAGAUUCACGGACACCUUUAUAUUUAGAGUGAGGAGCGGUGAUAAAAGAGACGACAGUGAUGGAACAGGGUGCCGUUCAGGGGAACAGAUAAAUGGCUUGCAUGAUUUAAAGCCUCCUAUUUUCAUCUCGGCCCACAUCCAUCGCAUGGAGCUCUGAUUAUUGUAGCCUGGUUGUUUUCCAAAAUGAAGAAGACUGGGAGGACGGAUCAAUCUGUGAUAACGACGCAGCCUAUACAGCCCUGACAGAAUGAGACUGAAAUGUGAUUAUGAGAGGUGUGCGAGUGUGUGCGCUGGGGGAGUUUCUUACAAAGCCAACCGACAAUAUUUUACAUUCAGUGCACUGCAUGGAGACAUGAGUCCAUUCAGCCAGUGAAAAAUAGAAAAUGAAAAAGAGGAGGACAUUACCCGAGCAUAUAAAUCCUGAGCUGAUGGUUAAAGUAAUAUCAAUAACUCAUAAAGGCUAGUCCACACUUUUACUCGUGGUGCUCUAUGAAUCUAAAACCCUCAUAUAGUUCAGCAAUACAUAUUACUAUUGACUGUACCAGCAGUAGUAUGUCAUGUGCAUACUAUAGAAAGGUCACAUGUUUACAACCACUUCAAUUUAAAGGAGACACAUUCUGCUCGUCUUCAGAUUUAUGAUUUAAAUUUCCUCGAGUGUCGACCUGACACUUUAACUUUAACAUUUACAAAAAAACCUGUAUAACACACGAGGAGAGAAACAGUGAAAAGCAUCAUGUGUGUCUCUUUUAAAUAUAUUCAGCUACCCCCAUAUUUAUUAAAGGCAAGAAGUCAUCAGGUCAUGCUGCAUAUUUGUAUCUGUAGUCCUGCCUUUUUUGUUUCACUUGUUUUUGCAGACGACAACAGAAACAUUUUGUUGGAAAGUAAAGAAAGAAAAGACACAAGUGACGGACCAAAGAAGUACAGAUGAGAUGAGAGAGCAAACAGUGGCACAAGUUCAAACAUAUUUGAAGUGAAGUGCGGACUGACUCAAUUAAAGUAAGCUCCCACAGUGCUAACAACUGCUUUUGACUAAUUAUUUCUCUUAUCUCGCUGUAGAUGGAGGCUAAUUCAGGUCGCAGGAAGCUGAUAUACACCAAAGACGUUUCACAGAACAAAAGCGAGACAUCUCACGCUGGCGAAGAAACGCCGUUCAAGCUCGUCCUCUCCUGCACAGGGUCAAACCAUCUGAGGUACUUACAUUGAGCCCCUGCGCACUUAAAGAGCACAGCACCUUUGGGGGGAAGCGGGGUGGUAUCCAUGGCGACAUUCAUCACAUGCUUCAUCUGCCAAAACACACCAAGCGCCAGUGGUUUCCAUCACAACGGGGCGCCGGACUCGAUCCAAUUUAGAUGUCACUAUUAGCAUUUAGCAUUCGCAGUGCGGCUACCUCACGCUGUACAUGAGAUGAUGUCAAUCUGUGCGAUUGAAUUACGACCUUUACCUCUGAGUUGAGCUCGGCACACAGAGACGUGUCUGAUGUCUGGAAAAGAAAAGCACAAGUGUCAACACAGGCGAUCACAGUGUGGGUUGUAGUUUGAGUUACUAUGAGGGUGUAAAAUGACUUGCAUACUAACAUGUCGCUGAAUGACUGGUUUUAUAUGGCUAUUUUAUAAGGCAGCGCUUUCAUGUUACACACAAAUAUAUGCAUACUCCCACAUCUGACUGUUUGUAUCAGGUCGAUUUGAAUAAGCUCCAAGUUUAUGGUCAAAGGAUUUGAAUUUACAUCUAAAGCAAUAUUAAUGACAAUGGCACUGAAACAUCUCUAACAUGCACAGGGCGGAGAGAGGAAUCUGACAUAGCACUUCAACCACAUCACUCUUUAUCAUCCUCUUUCCCCGCUGUUGUAUAUAUUUAAAUAUAUUAUAUGCAUGUUUAUAAUGUGGAAAUACUAAUGUGUUUUUACUGCAAGGCUUAUGCAAGAUUUUAUACAAAGAGCUGCAUCGAUCCUUUAACCCCGUGUCCACAGUGGUAAGUAAAGAACUGACACGAAGUAAAUAUGAAUACUACACUUACACAAUUAUUACAGCACAAAUAUGACAAUACCCAGAUUUCAUAAAAAGCUGUAAACACUUCACCUCAUUUUUUUAUCGUCAAAUAUCUCAUUAAAACCAAACUUAUCAGAAACAUGAAUGCUUGAGUACAUUAGUGUCAUAAGAACUACUUCAAAUCACAGAAACCACGUUUGAGAAACAUUUAUUUCACAUAUACAUAGAUUUUUUUUUUUGUGUGGUCCAUGUCCCAUCUGCUAGAAGGGAGGAGUUGGGGGUUAAUGCCCUAUACUGCAGCCAGCCACCAGGGGGCAAUCAAGAUGAUCUUGACUGUAUAUAGAGGUGGACGACAUGACGGCUCCCCGAAAGUGAAGCCAGAUUCAUGUUAGAGUGAAGUGAAGAUGGCAACAGUUGAUUUACGAUCUUUGUGAAACAGAACUAUAGAAACUGGCGAGGCUGCUUCCAUAUGUAAAAGUUACGCGCCUUGCCUCAGUGAAUAUAUCUUUCUUUCUUUAAGUGAAGAUCAGAUGUGUCAUCCUAAAAAUAUGUUAUAAAACCUUGUUUGAAAGACACUUUUUUUAGCUUUGAAUUGUGACAGGAGAUUUCUGUCUGGUGUCUGCGGGAAUAAUAAAACUGUAGCUUCAGGCAAUCACAGCUGAUGUGAGCUUGGUGAAAGGAUUUCAUUUCUGUCAUUCAGAUUUCGCUCUGAUGUUUUCUGUUUCAUUUCACAUCGCAGCUGCUCAUUCUCAAAGACCCAGAACAGAAGUGCUGAUCCGUGUGUGGGCAGCAGGAGAUUUGAUAUAAUGUCCUUUCACUUCUGGUGGAUUCGCUCGUCUGUUAAUCUACUGUUCUCCGUAAUUUAAAAGAAAAGAAUGAAAAACCAUGAAACGAUGUCUGCGCCUCUAAUACCUUUGCUCACAAUAGAAAUUUGCUUUCGCACAAAAUAUCAGAAGAACUGUCGAGCGCAGUUUCCGACACAUAUCAAUUCAUUUCUAUUCACUCUUCUGCAAAUCUGUGGCUUCUCCUGUGCUCAGUUAUAUUUGAAUUUAGUCUUAUCUAUGAUUCACGACGGAUUCAUUGAAAACUAUCUCUGUCUCUUCGAGCACAGUCUUUUAUAGUAAGAGCAUUUUUAAAACAUGUACAUAUUCUUCUGGACAAACUGGUCCCAGCUCAGCUGCACUUUUACUCUGGGCUAUUUUGUGAACUGACAUGCAAUGCAUCCCGUCUGCUUGAACAAUGUUUUAUUAUCAUGCAUCUGUCUCCACCGUCACACUCCCAGCACUAAAGAAAGUUUUUAUAAAAGGGAAAAACCGUAUAAUCACUAUAUACUUUUCAUAUAAUCAGUGUGUUUGCUCUGGGACAUCGAUGUACGACAUCCCAAGUGCAUUUGCUGGAAAAUAAAAUAAUCACACUUCCUUCGAAUGAAUGAAUGAACAUGCUCGAUUACAUUUCAUGGUGAGAACUUUUUGUAGCAUCACAUUUAGCACCAAAAUACUUACUCUGAUAUUAUAGCAUAUAUCUGCUGUCCCAGUGUAAACCUAAGACUUUCUGUAACUGCAGCAUGCUGACCUGUAGAUUGCUUGUAGGACAGCAGGCGUGAUGAUGAUAGUUAAACAUUAUAGUAAUAAUAUGAAUUGCACUUUUCUGUACAGCUGGCCUGCUGAGUCCAUCCUCGUGUCUGACUCUGGUUUCCCAUGAUCGUCCCAACACUAAAAAACACCGAUCAGUGGUUCAGCUUAAAAAUUGUAAUUUCUCUGAUUAUGUGUUCACCCCUGUCUGUUUUUUUGUUUGGGAACAGGAUUGCUCAAAAUCCACCAAAUAGACUUUUUAAAAUUAACUUUCUGUAACAUUUAUUUUUUAACGUUUUCACCAAUUUCCCAGAGAAUAAUCAAUGGAUCUUGAGGGAAAAAAAUCUGGUUCAUAAAUGCAUUUUUUUGCAGUUUAUUUGAAAUGAAGGGGACUUGUCGGGCCUUGUCGGACGUUGCAAAACAAUAUAUGCUAAAUGUAAAAUAUGGAACAAGGAGCCUCCGUUAGGUUCUGUCAACAUUUCUGUUUGAAAACGCAAUUUGACUUUUGAGCGUCGCUAGUAUUCUUCCCUAAACUCCACAUCUGAACCAUGGAGCUGCAGUUCAAAAUAAAUGUUUUAAUGCACAUGAUAUAUUCCUCUAAGUUAUUGUUGAUCUACAGUUUCUAUGAAAUCCCGACAUUAAGAACAUAAACAUUCUUCAUUGUGACUUAGGUUAGGUUUUGGGAAACCACAGCUUCAGGGUGGCUCGAGGCUGAAUGUUGGUUUUAACCCAUGACUCAGGCAGGUGAAGUAUUGUCAUUGUCAAUAUUCCUGCUGUAGCUUCUGCAGAAAAAUUCAGCUAAACUAUUUUUACAUUAGAAAAAACAUCACCUUUACUUUUUACUCGAUUUUGUACUUUAUAGAAAUUAUGGUAUUUUCUAUAAUUCAGUAGUAUCUGUUUGAUUUCUGCGAUGAUAAGGAUAGUGAAUGUUAAAUGAAUAUACUGGUGUUAGGAGAAUUUGCUUUUUUAUAUUCAGGCUCUAUAUAUUUUUCUUUAUACUGUGUGUUGUUCCUGUGUCAUGAGUUUUGAUUCAGUUGAAUCAAUCAGUAAACCUGUGUGUAUUCCUCACUGAGAGUGAGAUAAUUUGAUUUAACCAAACUUUUUUAAAUGUCAGAAAUUCUGCUCUGGUCACUGGUUUGUUUGCAUUCAGGUUUGUAUUUGUACCGGUUGAUUUCAUUUCAAAAGUCUUCUUCAAACUUACCACAUCAGAUUCCAUUUGAUCAUUUUCCAAAUCUGAGUGAAUCAUUGACUUUUACAAUACUUCACUGCUCUGUCAUGAACAUGAAACAAUAAUGAUUUAUAUACCAAUAAGACCUUUUGGCAUCCUGCACAGA